CAUUUAAAAAAAAAGAAACAGUCGGCCACGCUUGCUGCGGAAAUCGUUUCACGUUUUGGGGAUUAAUUCCCCUUUGUUUCGUUCCAAUAUUGCUGUAACUACUUCAUUACCAACCAAAGCAAAACAUAUUACAAAUUCAAAAUUCGCAAUGGCUGAUUUAGACGAUUUCUUUGCAAAGAAAGAUCGCAAAAAGUCUAAGGCAGUUAAGAAGUUUGCCACCUCUGAUGAAUUAUCGAAGAAAUUAGAUGAUCCAAAACAGAAGUCAGAUGUACGACCUAAAAAAGAGAGGCCAGUUCAAGAAGGAGAUGAAGCCGGCAAAGCUGGGGAAGAGGAAGAAUGGAAAGAGUAUGAGGAACCAGUAAAGGACUACACGGGGCUCAAGAUUCAAGUGCUCCAAGGUGGAAAUGGAACGCCCGAGUCUGGGCGUGACCCUGCUAUGGAAGAUUCUGCACCAGAUGGCAGCGGAAAGCCAAAGGGGCCCUGGAAGAAACCUGUUGAAGUGGAGCAGCCACCGCCACCUCCGCCAGUAGAGGAACCGAAGCCCCGAGACAACAAGCCCGCUGCUUACGUGCCGCCCACACAGCGCGGCCGUCCACAGGAAGCACCCUUGCGUCGUAACCAGGCCAAGCACGCGCCCGACAUUCACAACGACGAUACUUUCCCCGUGCUGGGAGCAGGAGGCAAACGAGGCGGCUGGAGCACUGCCGGGACUGGGGCGCCGACCCCCGCGCCCACGCGCCAUCCCCUCGCACUAGGGAACCGCUUCACCUCGCUACAGGACGACAGCUAGCCAGGUGGCAGAAAUCAGUUCUGCUCAAAGCAGAUGUAAAGUGAAGUGUCAAUAUGGACUUGUAAGCAAAGCCUGGGCAUAGCAUAUACACAUUCACAUUCUAUAAACGUCAAGUAAAAUAGAACAACAGUGCAUUAUUCAUCGAAUGGUAACAUUCUGUUGCCGUUAAAUAGCAAAACCGACGAAAUAAGACAGUUGCUAUAUAUUGGAAAUACAUUGUUCAAAAUUCAAAUCUUAGUGCAAUACAGUGUAUUCUAGAAAGCUUGGCCGGUAAUGUUUUUAUUUUUAUAGCUGUUUUAAAAGGAGAUUUUUAAACAUAAAUUUGUAGACAAUAAAACGAUGGCCUGUAAUGAAAGGCAUUUGAAAAAAAAAUGAUAACACCGUCGUAUUUUACUGUUAACGUUUAAAACGACAUGUGUUAUAAUGUAAAAGAAAAUUAAAGCAACUGUCUGUAAAGUGUAUAAAUAAAAAUAGGGCGUGUGAGAUGCAACAUUUGUUAUUUUUUAUGUUUAUAUUGAAAAAAAUCUAAUAGCAAUGUCUUUGAAUGAGUGGUAUGGGACAUUUAGGAAAAAAUAUGAUUAAUAAACAAUAUAAUGUGAAACUGAUGAUUAAAAUGUAAAGCGUGAACACAUGUUGUAAUAU